AUGAAAGAAUUCGAUCCAGAAGGAAAGGAUCAAGACUUAGUGGAUGCAAUAGCAGAGAAUAUAAUAGCAAUAGAAAAGAAAGAAAAAAGACUAAAAGAAAUAAAAGAAAAAAUGCAGGAAUUAGGUGCAUGCACAGAUGCCUGCAGCAGCAGCAGCAGCAGCAGCAGCAGCAGCAGCAGCAGCAGCACGGCAGCAGCAGCACCAGGAACAACAACAGCAACAACACCAAAGACCUCACCAGAAGCACCAACAAAUCUACCUGCAGCAACAGCAGCAACUGCAGCAACUGCAGCAGCAACAGCAGCAGCAGCAGGAGAAGAAGAAUCGCGACUGUCUGAGCGUUUGCAGUCCCUGGAUCUGAACAGCAGCAACAGCAGCAGCAGCAACAGCAACAGCAGCAGCAGCAGCAGCAGCGCCACCCAGCCUAUUGAAGAAGGCAUUGACCUGUAG